CGCGAAGCAGAACAAUACGAGCUGCAUGUGUCGAGGCUUCCUUGUAACCACUGUAACUAGAGCUGGGACGAGGGUGCGCUUGUGCGUGCGGGCAUAAUUCAUUAGGAUAUACCUGCUGUCACCAUCGCCCGUGUCAGAGAACGCCACCGCGAGAGCUGCCAUCUGAACGUGUUGAUAGUCUGUUUCGCAUUAACAGGCAUAUUUAUCAAAUAACAAAUAACCUUCAUAAUGGGAGCCUAUCUGUCUGCACACGGUAAACACGAGUUCCAAGAGCUUUCUGACAAGACGGGGUUUUCUCUGGACCAGAUCGCCAACCUCCACACCCGAUUCAAGCAGCUGAGUCAGGACGAAGACACGCUACGAAGGGAGCACUUUGAGAACAUCCAAAACCUGGAGUGCAAUCCAAUCCGUGCACAAAUCAUUGAAUCCUUCUUCGAUAAAAGGAACUACCGGCAGAACAGCGCGGGGAAGGUGGACGAGAUCACCUUCGAGGAGUUCAUCACCGUCAUGUCGCACUUCAAGCCGCCCGAGCUGAACAUGACCGAGGAGAGACGCGAGGCCUUGAGGAAGGAGAAGCUCCGCUUUCUGUUCAACAUGCACGACACGGACAACGAUGGCACAAUCACCCUGGAGGAGUACAAGCAUGUGGUGGAGGAGCUCCUGUCUCGAUGCAGCACAAUGGAAAAGGAAACGGCUAAAUCCAUCGCUAACGCCGCCAUGCUGGAUGUCGCCAGCAUCACCAUGGGUCAGAUGGCGCCUGACGAGUUCUACGCGGGCAUCACCUUCGAGCACUUUCAGCAGAUUCUGAAAGGCUUCGAGGUCGAGUCGAGGAUGCACAUCCGCUUCUUGAACAUGGGCUCCACCGCCAACUGCUGCAAAUGAAGUCCGUCCUCGAAGGCAGUCCGCCCGAGCAGCCACGGCACAUUCGGACUCUCUCAGACUCUCCUGCGUCGACCUGUCGCACGUGGACACGACGGUGACCCUGCUUGCUUGGUGGUGGCGGUAUUUUUUUGACUGUUCAAACGCACUAGUCCUUUACACCCUUUCCCCCGAAUGACUCCUCGCCCGGGGUGACCUACGACCCUUAAACACGGAUGCAUUAUGCAUGCAUAGGCAACACAAAAUGUAGCUUCAACCAAACUCUAGUAAUUGAAUAUUAUGCGUGUCAACUGACUUUGUCUUCACGAUCAGCUUAACGCAUACAAAAAACAUGCAUGCGGUUUUGCACAGACAGAACGAGACAUGCCUCCUUGCUCAAGUUAUGCAAUAAUAUCAGACACACUAAUUACACUUGCAAAACCUUGCCAAAAAAGAAUACGGUUCGCGGAUGUUAAAGAAUGUUUCGGUUUCCUUACAUUACCUUGCAGAUGUCAGCCAAAUAGAAGUCACCAAUAGCAUUCAAGCAUGCUUCAUUCAGAGACGGUACAUUUGAAUUUCACAGUAAACUCGUAUGCAAAUGUGACACGUCAAUCAAGCGUGGUCGGUGUGCCGGUGUGUGGGCAGACGUGAUUUGUGCAGAGAUAGACAGACAGACACGCACAACAGGUUGAUCAAAUGAAAACAACCGAAACUCCGCCCCCCCCUCCACAGAAGAAAAAACAAAACAAAAAAAACAGAACCAUUCUGCAUGAUCCAGCAAGCGACUCGCUUCGCAGGACUGGUGUAUAAAUUUAGCCUCCCUCCGGGAAUCUCGAAAUACAAGAGGAAACCCUGCUGAACCCUCUGGUGGAGGGGGGGGGGGGCAUCCGGAUCGCCGGGGGGGGUUGUUCACACGGCCGCGUAUCCGGUUUGGCACCACAGUCCCACAGCUGAUCGUUUCGGUCCCGACGCGCGGGUUUGCUAAGGGGCUUGGGGAAGGGGCUAUCGCGCCCGAUAGCAUCAUUUGGGGAGGGUAAUGCCUUUCCCCUCAUGCAGAGUCAUUUCCUGGUGACUGUCGGCCCUUGAUUAAAAAUUUAGGAACUCCCACAUCCUCCAAAUAUUUGUGAUGCUUAUGAAUAAACAUCUAUUGCAGAGCAAUGUUUCAGGUAACGAGCUUAAUAAAUGUCUAUGUGACUGAAAUUUCACAGUAUAACCACUAACCGCUGCACUUUAAUCUCUUCAGUCAUUCUACUUCAGUUUCUGUUCCUCCUCUGCGCCUGUAGCAAGGUGUUACUACAAUAGGCUUUUCUGUCGUUAUGACUGCUGGACUGUCUCUUGAGCAUGUCAGUUUUCAGGAGCAUACGUGUGCUCGUAAAAUUGGAGCACUGCAGAGCAACCAGAGCAUAUGCUCCUGAAAACUGACGUGUUCUAACUGAAAUAACUCAGGAGCACUUCUACUAAUUGGGAUGCAUUAGUGUGUUAGUUGAAAAAACUUUCAACUUAGGAGCAAAUGUGCUCCUUGGAAUGUUAGCAUAGAGUCCCGACAACUUCCUGUUGUCCCCCUUUAUGGACCUCUUGUAGAUUAUUACCAGGGCGAUAAAGGGUGUCCUGGCCUGUUUUUUUUUUCGCGGGCGUUUCGGGAGCGCAGGGGUGCGACCAGCACUCGUCCGCGACGCACCCCGGGCCCUCCCGCGAUUCGGGUCGCGCCCAGCCGAAGCUUUUCAAAGACGAGGGAAGAGGGGAACGGGACGCGCUCUGCGAUCGCGGCUUCGUGAGCCCUCCGGCGUAACAGCUUGUUUUGCGCACAGCUGCCUGCUUGCUGGCACAAGUCCCGCUCAGAGGCAUCAGGGCGGGGUGUUUUCUUUCCCCCCCUUCCUGCCGCUGGUGAGGCAAGGUGAACGUUAUUUCUCGCGAUGAUAAUGUGGGACAACUAGCUCAGCUCAGGGACAAAGGGACGCGUGUCAUGAGCACAUCAUCCACAGCAUAGCUCUGUUUCCAGUCUCCUCCGGUCAGUCUUCCACCUUCACAUCGUAGCUCUGCCGACCUCUAGUGGUUGAACGGUUGUCCUGCACCUGCAGUGGUGUUUUUGCGUCCCACUUCCAAAUUUUUUCAGCACUCUCUCACUCUCUCUCUCCGCCCACUCAUACACUCCUCUUUUCCACAGAACCCAAAGCGAUUCUCUCACUGCAUGUCCUUCAUUUUUUGUGAUUCUGAAAGACCUGUUAUUCUGUCAUUAUUUUUCAAAUAAAUGAUUGUACAUAAAACAUAGUGCCUUGUAUACAGGCUUAUUUAGGCCUUUGCACUGAAUGAUUAAUAUAUUUGUAAUAAAUUAAAUAAAAACAAAAAAAACA